AUGAAGUUCAUCUUUCCUGCCUUCUUGGCCCUGCCACUUGGAGCCCUCGCUGGCACUGCGCAGUAUUGUCAUAUCGUUAAUGUUGACACGAAAGUCAAUUGCCGGGCAGGACCAUACCUCGAUUCCAAGAUUGUCCGCACCUUUAGCGCAGGUGAAAAUCUGUAUUUUUUGUGCUACAAACGGGGAGACUGCUAUGAGGAUAACUGGUAUGGCAUCUACCCAUUCCUUCAUUGA